CAGCGCGGUCACACUGUCUAUUGUUGAAAACGUAAACAAUGUCGCUUGUCGCUGAUUAUAGCGAUUCAUCCGAAUCCGAUGUGGAAAGCAGCAGCAGUGACUCCGAAAAAGAGGAAACAAGUAAAAAGCAAAGCCCGCCUGAUACACAUAAACCUUUAAAACUGCCCAGUGCUAGCGAUGCUCUGGAUAAUGCGGCUGCAAAACGAACCGGCGAUGUAUUUAGUAAUCCAUUUCUGGAGGCAGAGCUGAACAAGACCGCUUCACUGGAAAGACACGUGAAAAUGGUCAAUAAUGAUGCACAUUUGAAGCUGAAAAAUGGACGAAAAAUUUGUUGGAAUUAUAGAAAAGGACGCUGUCGCUUCGGCACAAGCUGUCAAUACGCGCACGACUCGGAUCUCUCUGUUGAGGCUGUGGCUGCUGAAAAUGAGCCCAAGGUGGAAGCAGCAGCACCAGCAGUCAACAAAAGCGCUGCUGGCAAUAAGAGGAAACGACCUGGUUUAAGCGAUGGCAUAGAACCGGGCAAAAGGGUGAUGAAAUCGUACCAACAACAGCAACUGGGAGCAGGCGCUAGACGUUAAAUAGAGUUCAAAUGAUGCCAG